UUAUUAAACUGGGUAAUCGAACCAUCGCAUAACUUCUCCGAAGCAAUAUGGCGGCUGCUUUGGGUCGAACAUUAGUGAAGAAUGUUUGUGCAUUUAGUCAACCAAAGGCCAGAAAUUUAUUUAGAUCAGCUAUAGCGGCAUCUGACAAACUGUUUGUCCAUCGAGAUACAGACUAUAAUAACCCAGAAACGCCAUUUGAAUUCUCAGAAGUUAACAAAAGACGAGCAGAAACGAUAAUCUCUAAUUACCCAACAGGCCAUGAAGCUGCUGCUACUAUGCCUUUACUUGAUUUGGUUCAAAGACAAAUAGGCUGGGUACCACUAUCUGGGAUGAAUUAUGUUGCUAAGAUGCUUAAUAUGCCUGAAAUGAGAGUGUACGAAGUUGCUACAUUUUACACUAUGUAUAAUCGAGAGCCAGUUGGAAAAUAUCAUAUUCAAAUAUGCACAACAACGCCUUGUAUGCUUUGUGACUCUGAUUCCAUCAUGAAAGUAAUAAAAGACAAAUUGAAGAUUGAAGUGGGUGAAACUACUAAUGAUAAAAUGUUUACCCUAUCUGAAGUUGAGUGCCUUGGAGCUUGUGUUAAUGCACCAAUGGUUCAAAUUAAUGAUGUAUAUUAUGAAGAUUUAAAGCCAAGAGAUAUGGAAGAAAUAAUCGAUGAUUUGUCGAAUGGAAGAACUCCAAAGCCAGGUCCACGAAAUGGAAGAUAUGCAAGUGAACCUGUUGGUGGUUUAACAUCCUUAACAUCUCCACCUAAAGGUCCAGGAUUCAAUCUCCAACCUGGCUUAUAACUAUUUGUGAUAAGUUCACAAUAAGUAAGAAGUGCUUUCAAUGUAUGUUUUGUUUAAAAGAUAAUAUUUUGCACAUGCAUUGUU